AUCCACCACUUCCGUCUUACAGUUAGUCAUUUUUCCCGUCGAUAUGUAUGAAAAUUUGAACCACUGAAUAUCCUCCAAAUUCACACUCAACCCUCUUUUCCACUCUCAAAUUCCUUCUCUCUUACCAAUACAGGUAACAAUCUUUGUGCAAAAUCAUUUUGAAUUGAAGUUCCCAGAAAACCCAGAAAAAUAAAGCUUGAAAUUUUGCCAAUACUCCCAGAAUUAUGCCAGAAUCAUAGAAAAAUCACAGAAAAGAAAUGGGUGAAGGAGAUACAGAACCAACAAAUGGAGGGUGGAGCAAAGCAAGUGGUUGGGUCAUUAAAACUCUAAUUGUGGUUGGCGGCGCGUUGUUCGUUCGCCGGCUUACUAAAUCCACCACCCGCCGUGACCAUGCUCGCUUCGUCUCCCAUUCCCUCUCCGACGAAAAGAAUUCAAGGGAACAAGCUGCGAGAGACCCUGAUCAUUUUUUCAAUUUGAGAAUGAUUGCCUGUCCAGCUGCAGAUAUGGUGGAUGGCUCAAAAGUUCUAUACUUCGAGCAGGCAUUCUGGAGAACUCCUCAGAAACCCUUUCGCCAGAGAUUUUAUAUGGUUAAACCUUGUCCCAAGGAGAUGAAAUGUGAUGUUGAGUUGAGUACAUAUGCCAUUAGAGACAUGGAGGAGUAUAAGAACUUCUGUGAUCGGUCAAAGGAUCAACGUCCACUUCCUGAAGAAGUUAUUCGGGAUAUCGCGGAACAUUUGACUACUAUUCAUCUCAAACGGUGUGAACGUGGAAAACGCUGCUUAUAUGAAGGGAAAACACCAUCAGAGGGAUUUCCUAAUACUUGGAACAAUGCCUCAUACUGUAAAUCAGAGCUAUCGGUCUUGAAGAACAAUGAGAUACACAUGUGGGAUAGAGGAUAUGAUGAAGAUGGGAAUCAAGUAUGGGGGGUCAAAGAAGGACCUUAUGAAUUUAAGCCUGCAUCAACGUCGAGUUUCAAGGACAUGUACUCACCGGCGAAUUUGUUAUCCCCAUUAUCCUUGGACAAAAGGAUAGAGGGAUCAUUUGUUCUACAGGAGUGAUUACAAGCUAGCUGUACAUGCAUUAUGUAAAUCUUUUUGACAUUUUCAAGAUAGCGAGGAAAUAAGUGUUAUUAUGAGCAAAUUUCUCCUGUAUUAUACGUAUACAGCUGGAUGGUGGAUCUAGUGCAGCCAGUAAACCACUUGAAGUCCUCGUUCUUGAAUCUUAAUUCUUAAAUAAUGAAAUGUCUUUAAGUUCACUUGCCGUCAACUAUAAGUUAUGUUCAACAGUAAAAUGUUCCAUGGGAAGAUACUUGGGCAUGGCUUGCUCUUCUUGAUUUGGUGGUACACACCAAAGCUUUGUGCAUCAGUUUUGGCAUGUUUUCCCACCAGCCUCUGGCAAACAUGAGAACUGAUUCCAAGACUAAGACCAUAAGUAUUGCCAUGCCACGUUAUGAUCAUCAGAAUGUUUGCUACAACCAGAAUGUGGUCUGAACCUGUAGAUGCCCCUCCCCC